AUGGAUCCCAUCUACCAGACAUUUUCCAAGCCUCAGGACCGCAAUCGAAUGGAGAUACCGUACAACUUUGCUCGAAUGCACCUAAAUGGAUCCAUCCUCCAAGGCCUCAAACCAGAUAGUGCCAGAAAUGACCCGCUUCGAGUUCAAUUCAUACGAGCAGCUGUUGAUGCUGGGAAGGCGUUGCUUAAAUGCGCUCUUCGCUCCAUUGAUUACCAAACUAACCUGAACUAUUCCAUUGACUAUUCUGGCUCUGCGCUGGGUUUGGCAAUCAACUUCCUCUCUCGUGCUACGUGCGUUGCUUAUGAUUGUAUCGAUUUGGAAGGGGUUAUGCGUAUACUUGCACAAGCACGGGAUAUGUUUGAAGGUGCCAAGCUGGCUGGGAAGGCAGACGAAGUUAACCAUAUCCUCGAUCAAGUCGCUGAAAUAAAGCGUCAUAUGACUGCAAUGAAAUCGAGCAACAAUUCGAAUGAGGUGGGCCUUGACGAUAAUGCUGACGAUGGGUCUGAUUUCUUCCUGAAUGCUAGGCUACCUUUGUCUGAAUUUUCUCUUGAUGAGCCAUCCAUUGAGGACAUUCUUAUGUAUUCUGGAGAGUAA